GACUACCUGCCCCACAAUGCACCGCCCGCCCUUUUCUGGCCGCCCCCUGCCUCUGCUCUCUGGAGACCCUGGAGAGGUAGCGCCGCGACCCCUUCCCGGCGCCCUUCGCGCGGUGGUCUCGCGGUGAUUCGGCUGCGCGGGGUCAAGGCGCCGGGCCGAGCGGCUGGGGCCGGGGCGCCAUGCGGAGGGGCGAGCGCAAGGGCGCUGAGGGGCCGUGGCCGGGGUCUCCUGUGCCCGUGGGCAAGGCCUCGCUGGAGGAACCCCCGGAUGGCGGGCCCGCGGGCCGAGCGAGCGGGCCGGGUGCGGGCCGUCGCAGCACCGAGUCCGAGGUCUACGACGACGGCACGAACACCUUCUUCUGGCGGGCCCACACCCUGACGGUGCUCUUCAUCCUCACCUGCGUGCUGGGCUACGUGACGCUGCUGGAGGAGACGCCGCAGGACACGGCCUACAACACCAAGAGAGGUAUUGUGGCCAGUAUUUUGGUUUUCUUAUGUUUUGGAGUCACACAAGCUAAAGACGGGCCAUUUUCCAGACCUCAUCCAGCUUACUGGAGGUUUUGGCUCUGCGUUAGUGUGGUCUACGAGCUGUUUCUCAUCUUUAUACUCUUCCAGACCGUCCACGACGGCCGCCAGUUUCUGAAGUACGUGGACCCCAGGUUGGGGGUGCCGCUGCCAGAGAGGGACUACGGGGGAAACUGCCUCAUCUAUGACGCGGACAACAAGACUGACCCCUUCCACAACGUCUGGGACAAGCUGGAUGGCUUCGUGCCCGCACACUUUAUCGGCUGGUACCUGAAGACGCUGAUGAUCCGCGACUGGUGGAUGUGCAGCAUCGUGAGCGUCAUGUUCGAGUUCCUGGAGUACAGCCUGGAGCACCAGCUGCCCAACUUCAGCGAGUGCUGGUGGGACCACUGGAUCAUGGACGUGCUUGUCUGCAACGGGCUGGGCAUCUACUGCGGCAUGAAGACCCUCGAGUGGCUGUCGCUGAAGACGUACAAGUGGCAGGGCCUCUGGAACAUUCCAACCUACAAGGGCAAGAUGAAGAGGAUCGCCUUCCAGUUCACGCCCUACAGCUGGGUCCGCUUCGAGUGGAAGCCGGCCUCCAGCCUGCGCCGCUGGCUGGCCGUGUGCGGCAUCAUCCUGGUGGUAAGGCCGGGCCUCGGGCGCGCGGCCCGCUGGGCCCCGGGCUCCCCCGCACCCCCCCUCUGCCCCCAGUUUUUGUUGGCAGAGCUGAACACCUUCUACCUGAAGUUCGUGCUCUGGAUGCCGCCCGAGCACUACCUGGUCCUGCUGCGGCUCGUCUUCUUCGUCAACGUGGGCGGCGUGGCCAUGCGGGAGAUCUACGACUUCAUGGACGACCCGAAGCCCCACAAGAAGCUGGGCCAGCAGGCCUGGCUGGUGGCGGCCAUCACGGCCACCGAGCUGCUCAUCGUGGUCAAGUACGACCCGCACACGCUCACGCUCUCACUGCCCUUCUACAUCUCCCAGUGCUGGACGCUCGGCUCCGUGCUGGCCCUCACCUGGACAGUCUGGCGCUUCUUCCUGCGGGACAUCACGCUGCGGUACAAGGAGACGCGGCGGCAGAAGCAGCAGAGCAGGGACGGGCAGGCCAGGGCGGACGGCCGCGUGGACAGACGCCCGCCUGGGCCCGACGACCCCUCGGUGCCCGAGGAGGCGGAGCGGGAGGGGGCGCCGGCCCCGAACUGACACGGCACCGCGGCCGCGCAGAGCCAGGUGCACCGCCAGGAGCCUCCCGCAGCCCUCCGCCCUCGAGUGUUGUCUUCUCCCGCGUGCGUGCGUG